AUGAGCUUCCCUAUGCCGGCGGAAUACUGGGCUAUGCAUCAGCAGGCGACGGGGGUAUCCUCCGCCGCGAAAGCCGAAAAGCCGCCCAAUUUGUAUCACGCCUUUGAGGACCCACGAAAUAUGCAGCAGUGGGCCCCCACUGCUCCGCAGCAGGCGCCACCUCCUCAGGGCAUGGGCGAGCAGCAGUCGAAUUACAACUACGCACAGCAACAGCUGCCACAGCAGCAACAACAGCAGGCGUACGCCCCCUAUCUCCAGCAAGGCAAUGAAUCACCGGCGAGAUCGACGGUGACCUCGCCAAUGAGGUGUCAAAAGUCACGGACGCCCCCGCGUUCCCCCAAACCGCAGCUCUACACCAACUUACCAACGCAGGGUCAGCCGCCGGAUAGCGUCACAUGCUGGGACGUACAGCUUGCCAAGUGCCAUGACAAGAGCAAAUUCCUUGAUCACCCCUCCAUCCCGAGGUUCCUGCACUCAUACUUGGAGGAGGACAUGUCACGGUUGCCAAGAGCACCACCGUUCAUACGACCUGUGAGUCGCCUCACAAUGCGACCAACGUUUCAGACGCUACCGAGCACGUCUCAGUUAGCGGACACCCUGCAGCUGCCGUUUGGCAUCAUGUUCCAGCCCUUCGCGGAAACGAGGCUCAUGGAGGUGGAUUUCUCGUCGCUUGGCGGCCGCAUGAUACGCUGUCGCAAAUGCUCGGCAUAUAUCAACCCAUUCACUACCUUCUGCGACAACGGGCGGCGCUGGCAAUGUAUUCUGUGCCAGCAGAUGAAUGAUGUUCCAUCGGAGUACUACUGCCCGCUUGACCCAAACACUGGCCUGCGCACCGACGUGAUGUCGAGGCCAGAGUUGACGCACUGCUCAGUGGACUUCUUCCCCUCAUCGGAGUUCUUGCGCCGCCCACCGCACCGCCCGGCGUUUCUGCUGAUGUUGGACUGCUCAUACCAGGCGAUUGCGUCGGGGAAGCUGGCUGCCAUCUGCCAGGGCGUCCUAGCGGCGCUCGAGAGUAUGAGGGAGGAGGAUGCCCUCUACAUGGGCGUCGUCGGAUUUGCGUCGACAGUGUACUUCUUCAACUUGGCCUCCACAUUGCAGGCACCACGGAUUCUUGUUGCGCCUGAUGUUGUGCACGACUUGUGUAACGUGGACGAAAAUUUUAAGUUUGAGCCGAUUGAAUUGCCGUGUGCGGUGAACGAACUUGUUGUGCAUGUGAAAGGCGCCUAUCGCCUCCUUAAGGACCUCUUUGAGAAGCUGCCGGAGACGUUCGCCACCACAAAGGAUGUUGGCUGCGCCUUCGGACCAGCGCUCGCUGCUGCGAUAUCGAUGCUGGAGAACAGCGGUGGCAAGAUUGUCGCAAGCAUCGACGCUAUGCCUUCCAUUGGUGAGGGCAAACUGAAGCAGCGCUUUGACCCAGCGAAGCUGUCGAACCAGCCGAAGGAGUAUACCAUGUGCGCAGCGGCAAAUGAUUGGUACAAGCAACGGGCGCUGGCUUGUUCAAACAGCAAUAUCUCUAUCGAUUUGCUCGUUAGCGGUUCGCAAAGCGUUGACUUGACAACCAUUGCCCCGCUGGCGCGCUUUACAUCCGGUGACAUAUAUCGCACCACGCCACUAAACAUUAACGGUGUGGCGGAUCAGGUGCAUCGUAUUCUGACGCGCUAUGUCGCGUUCGAGGCUGUGCUUCGUGUGCGUACCUCCAAUGGGUUGGUUGUGCCGAACUUUUACGGCCACUGUCACGUGCGGGAGCCGGAUCUCCUCGCCCUCCCUGUAGCCAAUGGGGACUCCUCUUACACGGUUCAGUUGCAGGUCGGCUCCACUGUCAAGUUAAGCUUCGCCUAUGUACAAGUUGCGAUUGUGCACACAACCCGCGCUCGUGAGCGGCGUAUUCGUGUGCACACCUACCAGCUUGCUGUGUCGCCAUCUCUUAGUGCAGUGGUGAACUCUGCCGACUCGCUUGGUGUCACGUGCUUCCUCAGCAAGAUGGCAGUAGAUCACGCCGUUAACAGUCCAUUCCAACAGGCACAGCAACGGGUGACAGACAAGCUGCUCGCAACACUGCGGGCGGUGAAGAAGCAUAACGACGGACUUGGAAUGCGCUGUGGUCAUUUCAUGCUACCCGACUCACUGCGGUUCGUGCCGCAGCUGCUCCACGGCUUUUUUAGGAACGCAGCUGUUGGGCUGUCGACAGCGACCCCGAUUCUCCCUGACGAGCGCGUGGCCGCCAUGUCGAUGGUGAUGUCCAUAGCGCCGCACGGGAUGCUGCCGUACUAUGCUGGCUGGUCGUACGAGGUGUACUCGCCCCUUACGCCACCGGAGGAGCUGCCUAUUCCUAUAUUCCCCACGCAGACGUUCUUCAAGUCUGACGGCAUCUUCCUUGUGCACAUUGGUAGCACGCUGGUGCUGUGGUAUGGGCGACGUGCCGAUGCGCACGUGGCGCAGGCCUUCGGGCUUACGCCGAGCCCGGAGGCACCGCAGUCAGCGCAGCCGCCCAUCACGGAGGAGCAGCUCGCCGCCCUGCGCGAGCGCUUUGAUGUGCUUGUGUGGCGCCUGCGUGAGGGGAGUCGCUGCGCCUUCAGCGCUCCGCUGGAGGCAUGCCCGCAGGGAAACACCGUGUUCGAGCCGGCGCUCACGCGGAUGAUGAUGGAGGACGAUGUGCGCACGCUGCCCAGCUAUACCGCAUUCCUGCGCGAGAUAUGGCAGAAGGUGCAAUCCUCGGGCAAGUGA